AUACACAUACAAUGUGACAUGCUAUCUUUCUCUUUGACUGUAUUUUCAUUGCAACCAAAAAAAAGGGGGGAGGAUUUAAUACAAUUCUUAAAAAUAACAACAAUAAUAAAUAUAACAUGGCCACUUUGGUUCUUUGGUACUUCUUAGAAUGAUGUUCUUUCUGUCCUUUCUGUUCUUCCAAUGUGAUUCCUCUUAUUACUUUUCUAGGCUUUCUCUUCCUACUGAGGGCAGGGAUGCAUGGUUUGCUUCCCACCUGGUCUGUCCCGUGGUCCUAAGGAGGAUUCUGUGUGGGAAGGAAGGGGACUCAUGCCGAUGUAGCACUUACAGCAUUCCUGAGGUGACCGACCUGGAGUAUGAUUACCUGAUCAGCGAGCAGCUCUCUUCCAUCGACCAGAUUGUUAUAGUCUGUGUGUUCUCAGCUUUGGAAAAGGACAAUACAAUACAAGAAGUGGCCGAAGUGUAUAGGGAACAGAACAGAACUAGAAGCAUGCCUUGCAUUCAGAGUUGUUCGGAUUCCUUUCGGUUUCUCAAAUACAACAUCAUCUCUGCAUCUAAAUUCACCGGCAGCCGUUGUCCACUUCUGGUUCAAAGGCACAACGUCAUUCCAGGAAUUUUUUUGAUGUACAUCCAGGGAAAAUUACUAUUUGCCAACUUUAUUUUCAAUGGUUAUAGCACAUCUGCUAAAGACCUUCAGAAGCAAAUCGUGAAGACAAGGAGUGAUUACCAUAUGGGGUAUUUCCUGCCCAGUGACUUCAGAAUCCGGUAGAGUAACCAAGCACAUUGUUCCUUGUCUCAUGCUUUGAAUUGGGAAAGCCCAGAUAAGUGCCGCUUGUCAGGGAUUUACUUUUGCCUUUAUAAGUAUGUAUUUUUUGCCUCAAAUCUUUUCUGGAAAGAGGCAGCUUAUUUAUUUAAGAGUUCAGUUCAAGGAAGGCCACUUUCUUUUUAACCAGCAGAUGCUCCCAAGCUAAGCUCAGAAAGAUUCAAACCAGUAACUCAUUCAAUUAGAUGGCACCAAGGAUGAUCCACUGGAUGCUAACUUCCUUCUUAAUUCAGUUUGCCUUUUCUGGCGGGGGUGGGGGGUGGGGGGAGUCAUGUAAGUCAACAAAUAUAACAUGAUGAGAUCGUAUCCAGUGGCUGCUGGUGAAAAUGGAACUUUUAAAUUUAAUCUGCUGUUUUCACUAUGAUAUGUUAUCAUAGGAGCCACAUAAAUGACCAAAUAAAGCUUAUACCAAUGAAUCCAAGGCUUUCUUGGGCAACUGCUACCUUUUGUGGGUAUAGUAACAAAUUCUGAAAAACACAGUGAUAGAAAAAUAGGGACAAAAGAAAA